AAUGCAAAAAUUCAAUAUCAAACGGGAAUCCCAAUAUGAAGCAAAUGAAAGGCAUCAAUCCAUAAUUGGACGAGUAAAUUACUAAUUCUGCAAUCCAAUUAUAAAUAAAUUACGGAUUCCAUUUGGCUAUCAAAAGUACAGCAGAUGGGCAAUGAAAAACAGGAAUCUUUGAUUCGUUUCGUGACAAAAUGGAUUACACAUUGCAGGCAUUCGAGGCGAGCCUUACGUUUUUAACUACCAAUUCGGACUGUUUUGAAUUGAGAGAGGUGGGAAAAGAUGUCGAAGAACAAGCUGCAAGAACUCGCACAAAGGCAUUACCUAAGCCUGCCCAUCUACACCUCCACUAAAGAUGGGCCGGACCAUGCACCUCGAUUCAGGGCAACUGUCACAUACAAUGGGCACGUUUAUCACAGCCCCGGCUACUGCCGAAGCGCCAAACAGGCCGAGACUGCUGCUGCAGAAGCCGCUCUUAGCCAAUUGUCACUCGAAUCGGAACACAAUCCUCAGAAAAUGAAGGAGCCUGUGAGUGUACAAAUGGAGGCUUCUGAAAUGCCAUCAAAUUUGCGGAGAGAAUCAAAGAAAGAGCAGCAAGGUGAUAUGAAAGAGGAAACAUUACAACAAGCUGAGAAUGUGGCACAUAUUUCCAAGGGUGGAAUAGCAAAUGUGCUGGAAAACAGUGAACUGAAAGCUGAGUCAUCACAACUAACUCAAUCUCUUCUUGUGCCAUUUCCCAGCUCAAGGAUUCAGGUUGUGAAAGUUCGAGAAUUAUCCAAAUCUGAAAAUUCAGGAAAAGUAGCAGACAGACAAAAUACAGUAAGAAACAGUUCAAUCCCUGAAAUUUCAUAUAAUGUGACAAACAAAGAACAAGCUCAUAGAAUGACUGUGGGUACGAUGCAAGAGAAGCAGCAGACUGAGGAGGUCAUCCAACAAUCAAAUGGGAUAAUAUCAACUUCUGAGUUUAUUUCAGUACCGUCAAAUUUGCAAAAAGAAUCCAAGAAAGAGCAGAAAGGUGAUCGUGAUAGGGAAGAGGAAACAUUACAAGAAGCAGGGGAUGUGUCAUGCAUAUCUGAGUCUGGAAUAGCAAAUGUGCCACUGCCGAUAAAGAGUGAGCUGCAAGCUGAGACAUCACAACCAGCACAAACUCCUUGUUUGUCAUGUCCCCGAUUGAAUAUUCAGGUUGUGCCUUUUCAAGGAUCCUCAAUGUCUGAAAAUUCAGGAAAAGAAACAGAUAAGCAAAGUACAGGCAACUUCAGCUCAACCCCUGAAGUUUCAUGUAAUGAGACACACAGAGAACAAGCACACAAAAUGGCUACGGGUAUGAUAGAAGAGAGGCAGUGGAUUAAGGAGAUUAACCAACAGUCAAAAGGGAUAAUGUCAACUCCUCAGUUUAUUUCUGAUAUGACUAAAACUCAGCUGCAAGAAUUUGCCAAUAAGGGUGGUUUUGAUUUACCUUGUUACUCCUCAAUCCGAGAAGGUCCUCCUCAUGCACUGCGUUUCAAAGCAGCAGUUAAAUUUAAUGGUGAAACAUAUGAGGGCCCAGGAUUUUUCAAUACAUUGCGUCAAGCUGAACAUGCAGCUGCAACAGUAGCCCUCAAAUCAUUGUUAGAGAAAGGUUCUUCUUUGGAUGAGUUAUCUAUGUACAAGAAUUUGUUGCAGGAAAAAGCACAGAAAGAAGGGAAAGCUUUACCAGUGUACAACACAACUAAAUCUGGUCCACCACAUAUGCCUGUUUUCACAUGCACUGUGAAGUUUGAUGGGAUGACGUUUGAAGGAAAACACGCCAACACUAAGAAACAAGCAGAAAAGAGUGCAGCUGCUGUUGCAUGGCCUGCUCUUGAAAACUGUAAAAGAUCAUCUUUUUCAAAUCAACAAUUGCAUGAUGAUAAAGUGAAAAGAUUGAUUUAUGAACCAAAGGGUCACGAACAAGUUCAUGUAAAAAAUCACACAAAAAAAGAGGCUACACAGGAACUUCAUGUUCAGUUUUCUCAUCUUGGUCUCGGUAGAAAUCUUUCUACAGUCUCUCAUUCACCACCUUCAGAAGCAAUUAGUAUGGGUUCAAAGAAAGAACUGCUAAACAAUACGACUAGUGUGCAAGGAAAUGAAGUUAAGGAUGAGGUCCAGCAACCCUGUAAUAUGUCACCCCCUACAAAGCAUUCUUCAGGUACACGAAUCAGAGUUCUUCCUGAUUGCUCAUCUAGCAGUAAGCCAUGGUUGGCAGUGAACAUAACUGGUGGCACCAUGCGAAAUCAAAAUAAUUCUUCCUGACAUUGAUAGUUGCUUAAGAAUUCUCAUGAUUAAUUAUUAGUGGGGCAAGUUGUGCAUACCUCAACCAUUCAGAGCAUACUAUCAGCCUUAUAAAUCAGAAACAAAUAGAGAUUGUAUGCGUAUGUUUUUCCCUGAAUUGGGUUGUAUCACCCUGUGAUAUCAUGUGCAGCCGCUUGGUAGAAUUCAAAUUGUACAGUUUUAAGCAUAGCAUACAAAAAAAAAUAUUAUAAAUUAAUUUUGGAAUAUUACAUUAAACAAAGCUUCCAUUAAAUUGAGAGCCUGAGAGGUUCUUGACUUUCCCUGACGGAAUGACUUAUAUUACUUGGGGCAAUGUGGAUUUUGGAAAUAUUGCUUUAUAAGGCACAUCUCUUUCAUUUUGGCUGUUUUCA